AUGGGGUCUAACCCGCAUCCCGCCCACGAGCGAGCAGAUGCUCUCGUCUUUAUCUCCGUAGUCCAGGCUACUACCCAGCUUAUCGAACAAGCUUUCCGAAUCUUCGCCCGUCUUCGCAAGGCGCAUAACCGUCAGAAAGCUCUUGUCGAUGUUCUCAAUCGCCACAAAAAUGAAAUUGAGAGCGUCAAGUUGAUAAUUGGCAUCUUAGAUGAUGAGGAAGAACUGCAGCAACUCGCUACCGUUCUUGCCGAGUUGGUUCGAAUGCAGGCAGUCCAAAACAAGCUGGCAGAUUUGCUCGGGACUCUGGAUCCAAAGAUGAGGAGCCCGGUCAAUCAGUUUACACGCCAGCUGGUGCAUGGUUCAGCUGACGAGAAGAAGCUGGACGAUGGCACUGUACCUUUGACUCUCGCCGACCUAGCCUCCCUCAACGACGAUGAAAACAGUGAAAACAGUGGAGAUGAAACCCUCAUCGGCGAUUCCGACACAUGCUCACAAGAAAUCCCUCUGAAGACUGAACGCAUCGUUAGACGUAAUGAGGUGCACAACAAGGCUCUCCAGGUCAAUGCUGCAUUGGGAGAGGAUCUUUGGAAAGAUGUCAAUCGCCUGGUCAUCGAGGACAACAAGGCUGACAGCCAGGGUAUACAGAUCAACUAUGCCAUGCCGCGAGACAUGAUGAUGAUGAUGCUUGACCAACAGAGUAAGGCUAUAGCUGUGUCAAGUUCGAUAUCAGGGGCUCCGCGUCAUGAUCGCAUUAUGGUGCAGGUUUAG